UGCUGGCCUGUUGCACUGCUAACGAAUUAAGCACUCUAACAUUUGAAUUUUAGAUAGCUUAGUCCGGCAUCUGAGAUUUUCCCUGGAAGGAUAACAGAUACGAUUCUAACCUAUGAGUAAGAUGUGGGUUUAAAUUGCGAAAUACAGUAGUCCUUUAUAAGAAAUGCAUGAUCAUUUCCUAUUUAUCUGGUGAAAUCCCAAAGGAAAAAAAAUCAGAUCUGACUUACAUUAUAUUUGACAUGUAAAAAUGGAACAAAAACACUUUAUUCACCCCAACAUUAAAUGGAAACUUAAACGACAGCCAAUCCACAUGCUGCAUGUUGUAUAAAGUACAUUUCCCCUUGCAUCACCAGCCCACCGGCCUCUAAGGCAAGGUGGUUUGAUGAUGCUCAGCACAAUGAUCUUCAUGCUGGGUUAGUAAUUAAGUAAUUGAAGUGUGUACGAUCAUUUAUGUAUGUAGAUAGUGCAAUGUAUUGCCAGUUGAAUUAGAAACCCCUGAUCUAGACUUGUUGAACAUAGUAUUGGAUGUAUGUUUAGGUUUGUUUGUUGAAAGGGGAAAUCUCUGCCUCUGUUUAGCCUCCUCCUUAUGCCGGCUGAAAAACAGCAGCAUCUCUGUUCCUUGAUGCUACCACCAUGGUUCAUAGUGGGGAAUGAUGAUGUGCGAAGAUAGUUUGGAGCCAUGCUGAGUAUUUUGCAUGUGGACUAAAAAGUUAGACUUUAAUCGACCAGAAUAGCUUUUUCCCUCAAGUUUUCUUACAAAGCCUUUAUUUUUUCUUUCUUCCUAAAAGACAACAUUUUUGACCAGUGUUAUGACGAUAAUGAAAAAGAUUUAUCCUGCUCACAACAGCUUGUUUUGGACAUGAAGAAAAGAUGGCUGAGAAUGGAGAGGACUGCACUCUCAACUGCCCCUCUGAAACUCGUGAUAAAGGAGCCUACGAUGACAUUGAAAGCAGGAGCCCCAAAACCCCACUAGUCGAUAUAAAAUCUAACAGAAAGAACAAUGAUGCUGGACAAGCAGACAGGGAGAUCCCUGUGUACCUGCCUCAACCCCCCUCACCCAGGCUUUCUAAGUUUAGUAAAAGUGUUUCAGCGGAGGAGACGGUGAGGACCAGGAGGCUCAGAAACAGCCAGGAGAGUCUGAGUGACAGAGCAGAGACAGGUUCCUCCACAGACUCUCUCAGAGAAGACCGAUUAUCUCCAAGAAACGAGCAGGACUCCAACACCAAACUUACCAACUUCACAAUUGGAUCUCCGGUUCUCCAGGACAGGAAGAGCAGACCGGCCAAGCACGAAAAAAGGUCGCAGAGUCAGCAGAGUGUCUGGGAGGACCACCGGGGGCGAUCAGCCAAGAUACGGCUGUCUCCACUGCGGCCCACAGGGCCACUGCCUGCUCUGGACAAGACCUUUGCGUCAGCCGCUUUAAAGGCUGUUAAUAGGAUUGACAGGGAUUGUUUGGAUUAUGGCAUGCUGGUCAAAGAGAAGGGUGGUAAGAGACUCCACAGGAACCUGAGCGACAGCCGGCUUCUGGAGAACAUGGGAUCGGACAGUGUCUCUGUAAGCUCCAUGAAGUCUGUCUACAGCGUUCUAAGCCCCAUCAGACCCCAGGAUGUAAGAAACAGGAGUUUCCUGGAGGGCAGUAUGCUGGGAAGCGGGGCCUUGCUCGGGGCUGAGGAGCUGGACCGACACUUUCCAGACCGAAGAGUGGGCGUCUAUGUGGUGACAUGGAACAUGCAGGGAGAGAAGUUUCUUCCAGCAAACUUAAAUGAUCUCCUCCUUCCGACGGACUCUGAAUUUGCACAAGAUAUUUACGUCAUCGGGGUUCAGGAGGGCUGCCCUGACAGGAGGGAGUGGGAGACCUGCCUUCAGGAAACUCUGGGACCUCAUUAUGUUAUGCUCUACACCGCAUCACAUGGGGUCCUCUACCUGACCGUGUUUAUCAGGAGAGACCUCAUGUGGUUCUGUUCAGAAGUGGAACAUGCCACGGUCACAACCAGAAUCAUCUCUCAGAUUAAGACUAAAGGGGCUCUGGGGGUCACCUUUACCUUCUUUGGAACGUCCUUCCUCUUCAUAACAUCCCACUUUACAUCUGGAGAUGCCAAAGUUUACGAGAGAAUUCUGGAUUACAACAAGAUCAUUGAGGCCUUAGCUCUUCCCAAAAGCAUUCCAGACACCAACCCGUAUCGCUCCUCAUCUUCUGACGUCACCACCAGGUUUGAUCAGGUUUUCUGGUUUGGUGAUUUUAACUUCCGACUCAGCAAAGAGCGGGCUGACAUUGAGACGAUAAUGAAGCGAACAAUGGGUGGGGAUAUGAGCCCUCUGCUGGAGCAUGACCAGCUCACUAAGCAAAUGAAGGACGGGUCCAUCUUCAAAGGUUUCCAGGAGGCACCAGUCCACUUCUUUCCAACCUACAAAUUUGACAUUGGCUGUGAUGACUAUGACACCACCUCUAAGCAGAGAACGCCUUCAUACACAGACAGGGUUCUGUUCAGGAGCAGGCAGGCUAAUGACAUAAGAGUGCUGAAGUACGACAGCUGUUCCAGCAUAAAGACUUCAGACCACAGACCCGUCAUCGCCGUCUGUCAGGUUAAACUCAGGCCGGGAAGAGACAAUAUUCCUCUGUGUGGAGGAAUGUUCGACCGGAGUUUGUACCUGGAGGGCAUCAAAAGGAGGAUGACUGCCAGAGAGCUGAAGAGGAGGGAGGCCAUAUCCAGCCAAAACAGCACCAUCUGCACCAUCUCCUGAACGCUUUAAGAAGCUCUCUACAGUCAGGACUGAACCUGUGCCACACGUGGGAAUGGACCAAAAUGAUAACCAGCGUUGUCUUAACAUGCUGUUGGGAUAAUGGCUGCAGCUGAGCACCAAGGGCCUUUAAGGUCUGCAGACAUCAGCAGUCUGGCCUUUAUUUAGCCUUCUUUACUUAAAUAUGACUGGGAAACAAAGAGUGAGUGGAUUGGGUGCCUUUAGUGCUUAAUACUCAGUCACAUGCAACUAACCUGAAAGUCUGCACUCAUUGUCUUAACAGAAUCCGUAACCAUUCUGAUGGUCAAACGAUCAAAAGCCUUGUGAUUUAUAAUGCACUGACCCAAACUUUUAUUAAAACAAAAGAAACAUGUAGGUGUUUGGCUUAAAUUGCAUUUUUUUUACUGGUCAGAGCAUUUCUGCUGAGGUUAGUACAAUUCUCAGAGUGUUACAAAGAGAAAUGAGGGUACGAGUUGGUUCCAUUUCAGGGAAACUUGACGUUUAUAUUUAUUUGAAGAAUUGUAUUGAUCUGCUUUUUCAGGGAACUCACCAUAGAGAGAAUGUUGAAAUGUUUUUGUCAUGGGAAGCUUGUUACUGUCGCUGUCUUAUAUUCCAUGCAGUUUUCAUCAUAGCUCUGACUUUAUGCCUUGCAUCUCGUUUUAUUCCUUACAGACCAUAAACUUUCAAUGUACUGUAUGUAGCACAGCUAUGGGCUGGAGCUUUAAAAGCUUUCUGCUUAUUUAAACAAGUGCCUAUGGGUCUUGCUAACUUGUUAACAUGACCCGUUUGUCAAUAAUUUGUAAGUUAUUGUGUAAUCUAAUGUGUAACAUCCUGUAAUAAAUUGGUAAAUUUGAACCUUUAUAAAACAGUUUUAUUUAUGUCUACAUUUAUUAAUGAAUCAUAUUAGCUUAUUGGAAGAACAUGGUUUAAUGUAACCACUAGGAAACUGUAUACAAUAGUGGUUUACCUUUUUAUUCUUGGUUUUUCGCACAUUGAACUGCUAGCUGUAGCUGGAUCCAAAUUAAAACAACAUUUUGUCCAGAAAUACGCAAAGCCCAUCAAUAACAGCAGCCAAUCAAAAAGUUGUGUGCAUGUUGGAAAUUUCUUAGUUUCAUUUAGGAUCUUUUUAAAUGUAAAACAGAAAUGAAUGCAAAGGCACCAUGCCUCAAACAAAACAUACACCCCGGAUCAGAAUAAUUGGCUGUGUCUUAUCUUCCUCGUUUUUUUUUUUAUUUUACAGUGAUCAGAUGAUUUAGAUUGCAUUCACAAGCACUGCUUAGUUAAAAUGGAAUUAACACAUUAGAAUAGUAAUACUGUCUUUUUGCAGGGAAAAAUAGGA